UCGGCCGCAGCGGGGCGCUGCCGCCUAGCCGGCCUCCGCGCUCCGCUGGAGGUCCCCGGGGCCGCGCGUGCCGCCUGCAAGAUGCCUGUGCGCCGUGGCCGGCGGCCGGCGCGACCCGGGGCCCGCCUCUCCUGGCUGCUGUGCUGCAGCGCGCUGCUGUCCCCGGCCGCGGGCUACGUGAUCGUGAGCUCCGUGUCCUGGGCCGUCACCAACGAGGUGGACGAGGACCUGGACAGCGCCUCCACCGAGGAGGCGCUGCCCGCGCUGCUGGAGGACGCUGGCAGCAUCUGGCAGCAAAGCUUCCCGAACUCGGCGCACAAGGAGGCCGCGCACCUGCUGCCCCCAGCGGGUGCUGCCCGCGCCAGGCCGCGUCCCGCGCCGCCGGGGAUGUUCUCCUACCCGCGCGAGAGCGGCCCGAGGCUGCGCCCUGGCACCGCCCGCUUCCUGACCCACGCCAGCCCCUGGGGCUGUCUGGCCACCGUGUCCGCCCACGAGAAGAUCCCCGGGCUGCCAUUUGGGAACUGCCUGCCCAUCAGUGAUGGCCCCUUGAACAACAGCACGGGGAUUCCUUUCUUCUAUGUCACACCCAAAGACCCUGCAGUGGCUGACCUCAUGAAGAACCCCGUGGCCUCACUCCUGCUGCCAGAAUCGGAAAGAGAGUUCUGCAGAAAAAAUAUCGUUGACCCAGAAGAUCCCCGGUGUGCCCGGUUGAUACUCACUGGCCAGAUGAUCACAGUGUCUCCAGAAGAAGUGGAAUUUGCCAAGCAAGCCAUGUUUUCAAGACACCCAGUUAUGAGGAAGUGGCCUCGUCAGUAUGAAUGGUUCUUUAUGAUGAUGCGGAUACAACAUAUCUGGCUUCAGAAGUGGUAUGGAGGGGUAUCUGACAUUUCAAGGGAGGAAUACUUCAAAGCAGUUCCAAGAAAGGCCUGAUGGAGUAAGAGGAAAGUCUUGGUGUUUAUAUAAAAUGAAAACCUUUCAAGUGAUGCUGUCAGACAGCGAAUGACUGCUGUCUCUUUGUUGAAGGGUUCAUAGUGGCCCUGUCACUUAUAGCAGAAUAAGAAAGGGUGACCAGUGAACCCCAUGCUAGACUGGAGAUUAAAGUGGUUAUUUGCAAAUCUCUACUUCACCCAGGUACUUCCCACCUAUAGUCUUUGUUUAUGUUGUGUUCCAUCCAGAUUCACCUACUUGGGAAUCAUUGUUGGUUGUCAAAGUGACAUGCUGAGACAGGAGGUGUCCCAUACUUAAAGACAAGAGAAAAAUUAUGCCUGUAUGCACAGUGUGAUUUCUUUGUAUUGUGAGAGUGUUUUGUUCUUGCUGUGCCAAAGGCAGUGUCUUGGGGCCUAAGAUCAUUGCAGCCCCGGAGGACCUAAGUCUGCCUCACACAGUCGCAGUCUUAUGUCUAGGGCCGGGGUGCAGGACUCUUUGUCUGUGGGUUACUCUUCACACAACUGGAUUGCAGAUGGAUUAUUAAGUCACAUUUGCUAGAAUGUAUCUGUCACUUAUGAAGCUUUCUCCCCACUGUAUCAUGAUAGAGUUUCAUGCACAGUCCUACUCUAUGUAAGCAGGCCAUGGGCGAUAUUAACAAGGAGGAGCAGCUUCGGCAUCAGUCUCCCCAGAUCCUCACCACUAACGCUUCUCUUAGGCCUGAGGGGGCAUCCAAAAGAAGUGACACCUUCUUCUGUGGUGUAUAGAGAGAAGAGGAGGAAGGAUGAAUCCAGGAAGGCACAAAGGCAAUGUAUGUACAAGAGAAGGAAGAAAACAAGUCAGUAACAGAAGGCACGUUCCCUGGGCCAGGCCUUGGUCAGGGCAUCUCAUUUUUAAACCUCACCAUCAGUGAGAUGCAUAUCAUCUUGUCCACCCAUGGAUGAGAAGACUGAGGCUAAGUCAAUGUCCCAGCAUCUGACUCCAGAACACAGAGUACACAAUGGAUGAAGCGGUCACUGGAUGAUGCUCAAUCUUAAUGACAAGACAAAAGAGUUACUCGAAUGUACAGGUAGUCAUUGAAUCAGCAAGAUCGGUAAAAUCAUACCUAACCUGCCAUAUUUGAUUGGUUACUGCUUUCUACCAAAAAAAAAAAAGGCCUCUGAAAUUUGACUCUUAGUACAGAUUUAAAAUUUUCUACAAAUUAUAUGCAGGAGCUCCUGGUGUUUGCAAGAAACUACCUUGCAACUGUGUACACACCUGACACCUACAAGGACCUAUGUAUAUACAUCCAAGAUCUCAUCUAUUGGAAUCUAUAAAGCUCUAGCAGUACCGUUUUCUGUCUUUCUAUAAUGGCUAUAAACCUUUUUCAGUGGGUUAGGUAUGUUGUAUAAUAUAAAAACACAACACUAUAUAUAGGAAAUAUAUAUUUUUAAAUAAAAGUGUUAUGAAUGGUUACACUUUUGUUUAGAAAAUUAAGACAUGAAGAGAGUUUGAAUUGUCAAAAUAUUAAGUGCCUGUUACUAAAAACAGUAAGAUGCACAGAAUUCUUCACUUAUUAAAAUUCUCAGUAAAGUUCCCAAUAAUAUAGCAAUUUCCAUUAUCUAAGAAUAAGGUGACUUUGAGGGUAUUUCAUACUUUCAGAGUUUAAAUUAUUGUUACCUCCACUUUUGAGAUAAGAGGGGAAACUGGAAGAAUGAAGCAUAUUUUCCAUAAGUCAGCUUCAAACCUUGACUAUCUGAGCAUUGUUGCCUCCUGGUCCUGCCAUAUGGAUAAUGUUUCUAUGCUAGGUUUUCUUAAAAAUCAGGUUCCACUUAGCUCAUUAAAGGGACUUUCACUGCUUCAAGGGGCUUUGCAGUGUGGGUUCCAUUUAUAACCACAUUUGAAGGCUGUUGGUUAUUUAUCCAAACUGCAGGAAAUGAAAUCUGGGCAGGUGUGAUGGUAAGAAGCAUGUUGAAAAUUCAUCUGUUUGAGAAUGAUGGGCCUCAUUCAGGCCAGUAAGUUUGAAUAAAUCUCUAAAAUUUUACAUUGAUUAAAAGUUUUAAAGCUGUACUUGAAGUUCUAGACACAGUGUUAAGGCAAGAAAAAGAAAUAAAUGUAUACAAUUAGAAAGAUAGAAAAAAAAGUAUCCUUUUAUAGAUGACAUGAUUGUCUACAUAGAAUAUUCCAAAGAAUCUUUUUUUUUUUUAAGAAAACAAAACUCCUAGAACUAGUAAUUUAAGCAGUUCUCAGGAUAUGAAAUCAGGAAACAAAAUUUAACUAAAUUUCUAUAUGUUAACAAUGAGUAAGAUGGAAACCAAAAUUAAAACCACAAUACCAUUUACAGUCACUCCAAAGAAAAUAAAUACUUAGAUAUAAAUUUAACAAAACAGGUACAGGCUCUAUAUGCUGAAAAUUGAAAGAUGCUAAUGAAAGAAAUCAAUGACCUAAAUAAAUGAAGAGACAUACCAUGUUCAUGAAUUGGAAGACUCAAAAUAAUAAAGAUGUUAAUUCUCCCCAGAUUCAUCUAUAGGUUGAAUGAAAUUUCUAUCAAAAUCCCAGCAAGGUGUUUAUAGAUAUAUUCAAACUUAUUCUAAAAGUUCCAAGGCACAAGUCUUGGAAUGCUAAUACAAUCUUGUAAAAGAAUAAGUAGGAGGAAUCACUCUACCUACCCAAUAUAAAGAUUUAUUAUGUAGCUACAGUAAUCAAGUGAGUGGGGUAUUGGUGGAGUCAUAGACAUAGACACAUAGGUCAAUGGAAUAGAAUAAAGAAUCAAGAAAUAGACCCAUACAAAUAUGCUCAAUUGACCUUUUAUGAAAGUACAAAAGUAAUUCAAUGGAGGGAGGAUAGUCUUUUCAAUAAAUGUACCAUUGAAUAUCCAUAGACAAAUAAAAAGAACCUCAAACUAAACCUCAUACCUUGUAGAAAAAUUAACUCAAAAUAGAUCAUAACCCUAAACAUGGAACGCAAAACUAUAGAACAUUUUUUUUUUAAGUAGAAAAUCAUUAGUACAUAGGGCUAAGCAAAGAAUUCUUUCUUAGUCUUGACACCAAAAGCACAGUCCUUAAAAGGAAAGUUUGAUAAAUUAGACUUCGUCAAAACCUUAAACUUUUGCUUUGCAAAAGACCAUGUUAAGAGAAUGAAAAGAGAGGCUACAUACUGGAAGAAAAUAUUUGCAAACCACAUAUCCAACAAACAAUUAGUGUUUAGAAUAUAUGGAGAACUCUCAAAUUCAGCAGUUUCUUUAAAAAUCCAAUUAGAAAAUGGAGAACAUGAACAAACAUUUCACUGAAGAGAAUAUAUAAAUAGCAAGUAAGCACAUGAAAAUACUCUCUAUCAUUAGUCAUUAGGGAAAUGCAAAUUAAAACCACAAUGAGAUGCCACUAUGCACCUACCAAAAUUAAGUAACACUGACUCUUGGCAAGGAUGCAGAGCAAUUGUAUCAGUCAUAUAUAGCUGGUGGGAAUGUAAAAUGGAACAGUCACUUUGGAAAAAUAUUUGGCAGUUCCUAAUAAAACUAAGCAUGCACAGCCAUACCAUUCAGUGAUUGUACUCCUGGGCAUUUAUCCCAGAGAGAUGAAAACUUAUGUCACACAGAAACAUAUCCACGAGUGUUCAUAGCAGCUUUAUUCAUAAUAUUCCAAAGUUGUAAACAACCAGGUAUCCUAUAAUGGGUAGCUGGUGAAACAAAUAUGGUACCUCCAUUCCAAGGAAACAGCAAUAAAAAUCAUUUCUGAUAUAAGUAACAACGGGGAUGAGUCUCCAGAAAAUUCUGCUGAGUGAAAAAGCCAAUUCCAAAAAAUUAUACACUACAUAAUUCCAUUUCCUUAACACUUUGAAAUGCAAAAUUCUAGAAAUGGAGAACAGAUUAAGGGUUGCCAAGAAGGAGAAUGAAGGACAGACAGAGGUGGGUGUGACUAUUAAAUACAAGGGAUCCUUGCGCUGCUGGAAAUGUUCCCUAUCUUGACUGUCUUAGUGUCAAAACCCUGGUUGUGAUAUUGUUAAUAUAGUUUUUCAAGAUGUUACCAUUGGAGGAAACUGAGUAAGUGGCAGACAGGAUCUCUUUAUAUUAUUUCUUAACAACUGCAUAUGAAUCUACAGUUAUCUGCAAUUAUCUCGAAAUCUACAAUUACCUCAGAGUAAAAAGUUUAAUGUAAACAAAACUUAAGGCUUGUAUUUAUUUAUGCUUUCUUGUUGGUCCCUAGUAAUGAAGAACUGAGCUAAUGUGCCAAAACCUAGCAGAACAGACAACCCCUUAAUUUUUUUGGUUCACCAUUAAUAUAUGCAUUUGUGGAAGAGAUGUAAGAUUUCCUUAAAAAUUUUCUAAAUGUAUUCAGUUUAUCAUUGAAUACAAAUAAUAGGAAUUCAAGUCUGCUGUAUAGGUUUUAUGUAGACACUUAGAAGGGGAAGAUAUCUUCAAGUUUCUGGCAUAUAAACAUGGUAAGCUAUGGAUGUACAUAAAUAGCCAAAUUUGUACAUAAUGAUUCUCCACUGAUGUUUAUAGCAAAGAACUAUAUUUUCAAUGCUCUUCCUUUAACUGUUCUGGGAAAGAAUUCCUCUUUUGUUUCUGUGAAUGGGCUAUGUCCUGACCCUUGUGUUUUUAUUUACAGUAAUUGUACAUACCCAUGAUAUUGAAAUUAAGAGUGCAAUUCUGAUGUUAUUUGUUUAAUGUGCCUUGUAUGUAUAGAUUUUUUAUGGAACCAUUUUUUGGUUGAAAUGAUUUCUGCAAUUUUCCCAGGAAGUCUGCAUUUCAUUUUUAAUAAUUUAACCAUCAAGUACUGUUCUGAAAAUAAAACCUCUCUAGAAUAACUUAUUGAUGCUUAUUUGAUUGCUAUAUAGUCAGUUACUAUAAAAUUGGAAUUGUAAUGAAGCUAUGGUCUGUCUGUACUAUGUAAUGCAUGUGGAGUGUAAAAUCUGUUUUCAAAACUAGAUCUGUCUAUUUAACCAAUGAUUAUGUCAUUUCUGAUAUGAUUUUCAUGCUUGGUUAAAUAAAAUU